CGUCAACCUCGAGAUGGCUGAUGACGAAAGCGGGUCUCGGGCGCCGUGGUCUGGCAAGGUUGUGGAGUCAACGUCUUCGGCCAUUCUCACCAUCCAGCUCACCGCACCUCCAGGAGCACCUCUGAUCUGCAAUGGUGAACACAAGAUGGUGAUCGGCCGCGUGGACGCCAAUCGGCAAGCGGAUCAAUGGAUCAACAACGCCGCCCUAGCAAUGCGAUUCACUUCCGCGUCAGAGAAGCAAGGAUGGCUCUCCUUGCGCCGCCUACUUCUCAGCGAUAACGCCAAAACUCCUGCAACGCCAACACCAUUCAUGACGACCGCUCAGCAAGAAGCGGAAGUGGCCAAGUGGAAGCCCUGGCUCUCCACUCAGCAGCAACAAGUGCUGAUCAAGGCCUUUUCGUACACGUUCAACCAUGUGUCAUUCAUACUCGGUGACGCAGGAAGUGACAAGGCCGACGUACUUGCAAUGACUAUCACCCAGUGCAUGUACAGCGGCAUUCGCGUGCAGCUCCUGGCACAUGGCAAUGCGCCACUCGACGAAGCCAUGAUGAGAGUCAAGGCUAUGACGAGACGGCAGCCGGAGCGGGCAGGACGGGCAUGAAACUGGGACUACAGAAUGAUGUCAUUUCCAGCUGCUGCAACUCUAAGCUAUAGCUUUGAAAACAUAGAGGACCCUUCUAGUUCUAUGUAAGUGGAAAUGUCGUGGUCUAGGACGUUGUUUUGAGCAUGUAUACGCCGCUCUGUGGACGCCCUGGCAGAUGCAAGCCGGCUAUGAUGCGGAUGUUAUUUCUAGCGGCUGCAAAUCUGAUAUGGGCUAUUAGCAUCACG